ACCCCCUAGCAAUAGUGCAAUACACAAGAGUGGGUCAGUGAAACACUCUCCCCUGACUUCAAAGAUAAUCGUGCAUUCGUGCUCUUCUUCUUUCUUCCUUGACGACGCCAUAGCCACCAAAGAUACCUUGUGGUUCCUUGCUUCUUGCAAUUUCUUUGCUUGCUUUCCCUGCUGGUCAAAGAACGCCCACGCGGAACCCUCUUCAUUUGCUUUCCGCCACCAGCCGCCAGGGCCUUGUGCUUGAGCAGCGACCUUGUGCAUGAGCGCGGUCUGAAUCGUUAUCCAAGCUACGAUUCACAAUUUGGACUUGACACGUACGAUUCUGACAUUGAAUCGAACAUUUUGAGGCAUGUGUGAUUCAAGCCAACGAUUUGAAUCGAAGACGCCCGGACUCGUAUCGACUCGCAUGAUUCCCGAUUCGGAAUCGCAGAUUCGACUACCUUGUGACGAACGACAAUAGCUGUGGUGACGUUUCGGGCUUUCACCUGCUCUCUUGCCUGCCACCCCAACUGAAUCUGCGAUCCAAUCACCUCGCCUAUGGCCGUCGACGACAGGUGGUGCGUCGUCACCGGAGGUCGCGGCUUCGCCGCCCGCCACCUGGUGGAAAUGUUGAUCCAAGACAACACCUACUUUGUUCGCAUCGCAGAUCUCGGAGCCACUAUCGAACUCGAACCGUCCGAACAACUCGGGACUCUAAGCCAAGCCUUGAGCUCUGGUCGCGCCCAAUACGUCUCUCUCGAUCUUCGUAAUAAGGAACACGUCCUCAAAGCAUUGGAAGGUUGUGAGGUUGUUUUCCACAUGGCUGCUCCAAACUCAUCCAUUAACAACUAUCAGCUUCAUCAUUCUGUCAAUGUCCAAGGAACACAGAAUGUCAUUGAUGCUUGUGUUCAACUUAGAGUGAAGCGGCUUGUUUACACCAGCUCAUCUAGUGUUGUAUUUGAUGGCGUUCAUGGAAUUCACAAUGGAAAGGAAUCAAUGCCCUAUCCACCUAAGCAUAAUGAUCAUUAUUCUGCUACUAAAGCUCAGGGUGAGGCAUUGGUUUUGAAGGCUAAUGGAACUAGUGGGAUCCUGACAUGCUCGCUACGUCCUAGUAGCAUUUUUGGGCCUGGUGAUAGACUGAUGGUGCCUUCGUCAGUUGAUGCUGCCAAGGCAGGGAAAACUAAGGUAAAUAUUGCUGUACCUUCUAAUUCUGUGGAUAUGGUUUUCUGUAUGCAACUUUGUUUCUGGCAUCAUCAUUGUACUUUGUGUUCAUGUAGCAAUUUGAGUAUGGGCUAUAGAAUACAUUUUUGUAGUUUUUGCGUGAUUGCAUAUUUCAUAACAAAUAUGGAACCUAUAAAAUUUUGGGAAUUCAUGUCACUUAUUCUAGAAGGUCUUGGAUAUGAAAGGCCAAGAAUAAAGAUCCCUGCCUUUGUUCUCAUGCCAAUUGCACUAUUGGUGGAAUAUACAUAUAAGCUGCUAGGUCCAUAUGGUAUGAAGGUGCCUCAGUUAACACCUUCAAGAGUAAGACUCCUAUCUUGCAACAGAACUUUUGAUUGCUCAAAAGCAAAGGAGCGCCUUGGAUAUGAACCCAUUGUAACGCUAAAGGAGGGUUUGCGUAGGACAAUUGAUUCAUUUUCACACUUGAGGGCUGAAAAUCAACUCAAGCCCAAAAGAGAAGGUCCCUCGAAAGCUUCAGUAUAUCUUGGGAGUGGAAGAGUUGCUGACACAUUGCUUUGGAAGGAUAGAAAGCGAACGAUCACCACAUUGUUAGUCUUGAUUGCAAUAUACUUAAGCUUCAUUGCACCUGGGAAUACUUUCAUUACUGCUCUUUCAAAGCUUCUGUUGUUCGUAUUGAUCUUUUUAUUCAUUCAUGGGAUUCUACCGGCAAAAGUAUUGGGGUACACUGUUCAGAAAAUGCCCAAAUCCUGGUUUCACUUAUCAGAAGACAUGUCACAUCAACUUGCUGUCUCCGUGGUAUCAGUAUGGAAUAUUCCUAUGAAUGUUUUGAAAUCCCUUGCACAAGGGACCGAGUGGAUGCUAUUCUUUAAGGUUGUUUUCUCUUUGCUCCUUCUUAGCUUCUUUGGUGCAUUUUCACUUCAGAACUUAUAUAAGAUAGGACUUACCACUGCAUUUAUUGCUUUCUACAUUUAUGAAAAGAAAGAGGAAGAAAUUGAUGACUUAUUCAUAAAAGCACUUUCUUUUGGAUGCAAAUUGAAAUCUGAUGCCAUAAGGAAGUUCCUUCCUUCUAAGAAGAGUGAGUGAUAGCUUGUAACCCCUAGUUUUUUCUUGGAUAAGGGGAUGAGCAAUAUCUCAAGUUUUGUAUGCUGUGGAGUUCAUUGUAUGACUGUACAAUACUGGGAUUUUUUAUUUAUAUUGAACUAACCUAUAAAAUGUUAGUAUUUAUUUGUUAAUUCUUAAGCUGGUUUGGAAUUCAAAAUUACAAUGCGUAGCAAUUUCUCUACUAGAGACAUGAUGUAGCAUUCUUGGACUAGAAAAUGCAUAGUUUCUUUGUUUUAA